AUGUCUUACGGAUCUAAGGCUGCUGAACGUGUUGCCAAUAAGAUUGUAUUAAUCACUGGUGCUUCAUCUGGUAUUGGUGAAGCAACUGCCAAAGAAAUUGCAUCUGCUGCCAACGGUAAUUUAAAGUUAGUGUUGUGUGCUAGAAGAAAAGAAAAGUUGGAUUAUUUAUCUAAAGAAUUGACUGAGAAAUAUCCGUCUAUUAAAGUACAUGUGGCUCAAUUAGACGUAUCUAAGCUCGAGACUAUCAAGCCUUUUAUCGAUAAUCUACCAGAAGAAUUUGCCAACGUUGACGUAUUAGUCAAUAAUGCGGGUUUGGCUUUGGGUAGGGACGAAGUUGGAACCAUUAAAACAGAUGACAUGUUAUCAAUGUUCCAAACUAAUGUUUUAGGGUUGAUUACUAUCACGCAAGCUGUUUUGCCAAUCAUGAAAAAGAAGAACAGUGGAGACAUAGUUAACAUAGGCUCAAUUGCUGGCAGAGACUCUUAUCCUGGAGGAGGCAUUUAUUGUCCUACUAAAGCAAGUGUUAAGUCAUUCUCCCAAGUUUUAAGAAAGGAAUUGAUUAAUACCAAGAUUAGAGUUCUUGAGGUUGAUCCUGGUAAUGUAGAAACUGAAUUUUCCAAUGUUAGAUUUAAAGGUGAUUUAGAAAAGGCAAAGCAGGUUUACGCAGGCACUGAACCAUUAUUAUCUGAGGAUAUAGCUGAGGUUAUAGUAUUCGGGCUUACAAGAAAACAAAAGACUGUUAUUGCUGAGACAUUAGUUUUCUCAACUAACCAGGCAAGUGCUUUCCAUUUAUACCGUGAAAGCGAUAAAUAA